ACACACACACACAAACACACACACACAACGUAUACAGAGAAAGCAUAUGAAACAGGAAUAUCGGUGCUCCCAAAAAAAACCGAAUCAGUAGCAGAAGUAGAAGCCGAAAUAGAAAUGUUUACCAUUUAAGCGUCUCGCGCGCGACUCAUAAAAAUACUCGCACGUCGUGCUCUCUUGCAACGGCACGCUCUCGCUCUCUCUCUCUCGCUCUUCUUCUGGCAACUCUUUGGAAUUCUCUCGCUCUCUCGUGCUAAAGUGAAAGUUUUGCCACACAAAAGUGGCAAAGGUCCGUUAUCUUCUUGGCCAGCGCUUGGCAAACGGGCAACGCUGACAAUCAGACACACGCGGAGCGUUCAGUUGACCGGACGCAUGGCGCUUGUUCAAAUUUCGCAUCGCAUUCGCAUUGUGCAACUGUAAAUUCGCCGAUGUACGCCGUUUAUAAACAUAACAAACCAAUACUAAAUGUAUAAUUUAGUGUGUGCGGUUAACAGUUAGAGUUAUUUAAAUUGUGUGUGUUCGACUGUUCGAGUUCGAGUGUUGUGGUGUUUAUUUCGGUAUUGUUUCAAUUCGUUUCAAAUUUUAUCAAAUCGUGCAUGCGACGCGCGUUCGUUGCCUAAGUCUUUCGUUUUUUGCCUAGCGGUACAUUUAGUCGAGAAGUCGAGCGUGCGGCGCGGAAGUUACAAUUUCUUACAAUUACAACAUCCAAACACCACACUCAUUUCGCACUGGCUUCGCUCAAACCCUAACUGAAACUUGUCGACCGUCAGUCUAGCCGAAGUGCCAAGUGUCCCAGUGUCCAGCAAGCGAGCAAGCGAUCAGACUGACCAACCGACAGACCAAAUACGACCGCAAACAUGUUUAAGUGGGUUAUGCCGGCGUCGCGUAGAAUCGCGACGAUAACGACGACAACACAACUGGCAACUGCAACAGCAACAAGAACAACAGCAGCAGCAACCACAACAAGAGGAACGACAAUAACAAAGCGUCAACUACUUUCCAACGCUUUAACAACUUUAAUAAUAAUAGGCGCAUUAUUUGUGCAGACAACAAGUGGAUUUAGAUCAUCAAUUGAAUCGAAUGGCGGUGGACGCAAAUUGUUUGGUGGCUAUCGCAUUACCCCGAAGCAUUGUCGCGCCACCAAAACGCUGCCCAGCUCCGAUCCUCGAUCAAAUGGACCCACCAUCUGCAUGUUCAAUCAUGAGUGCGCACAGCGAGGCGGUGAAGUGGUGGGCGCCUGUAUGGAUGGCUUUCUGUUCGGUGCCUGCUGUCAGAUUCCGCAGACGCAUGAGUUGGCCAGCACCUUGAUCAAUGAUGCGCAGAAUGCUUACUUCCAGCAACAUCAGCAGCAGCAGCAACAACAGAAACUGCAACAGGCAGCGCAAUCCUCCUACGAGAACUACGGCGAGCAGCAGCAGCAGCUGCAGCAACAGAAGCCACAACAGCAACAGUAUGACCAGCAGCAACACAAGCCACAACAGCAGCCGCAGCAGCAAUAUGGUCAACAGCAGGAGGAUGAGCAACAGCAGCCACAGCAACAAUAUGGUCAACAGCAAGAGCAACAACAGACUCAACAGCAGUACGAUGAAGAGCCUCAGCAAUAUGCUCAGCAACAGCAGCAACAGAAACCUCAACAGCAACCACAGCAGCAAUAUGAUCAGCAGACUUCACAACAACAGUACGAUCAACCAUCGUCACAACAGCAAUACGAUCAGCAUCAGGAGGAAGCACAGCAAGUUAGCGAUGAGCAGCCAGCACAGAACAUCUACGAUCAGCAGAACUUAGACAAGGUCUAUCAGCAAUUGAGCAGCACGACCAGCAUUGGCCAGCACAGUGUGCAGCCAGUUGUCGAGGAUGAGGUGAGCUUCUCCAGCGGCUCCACCGAAGCAACAAAUUCGCAAUCAGCCAGCGUCGAGUUCGAACAGGAUGCCGAGCUGCAAGUGAACAAUGAUGCGGCCAACUUUAAUGAGGUCAAGGUAACGGAACAACCACCAGCAAUUCAUGUCAACAAGCACUCUGUGAAGAUCAACACGUUCUCAUCGCCCCCUGGCAACGAUGACUUUGUGAUGCAAGUGCUGGCUACGUUGCCACCUGAGCACAAUGAUGAUAUUGUGACCUUUACCACAGAGGUGCCCACCAAGAUCUCAGGCAGCACCUUGGAUCACAGUUCAGAGUCAAACUCGUUUGAGGAGACACCGGCCACAAAAGCACCAGCUACCACAGCUGCGCCCACGACAGCCAAGCCAAAACCUCAGCCAAAGCCACAGCCCAAACCUCAACCCAAACCACAGCAGAAGCCACAAUCGAAGCCACAGGCUAAGCCAACGAUUCCAGCAAAGCCAAUGCCACAAUUGGCCGAGACCAUGAAGCGCCCCGUGCAGCAGAUCAAGGCGAAACCAAAGCCUGCCGCACCAUCGAAUAUGCAUCAUCACAAUCAUCUUAUACUCGAUGGCGGCGAGUUCACGCACAGCGAUAUUACACAUCCUGGUGCAGAUGCUGAUCUUGUCGAGGACUUGCAGUUCUCCACCGGCUACGGACCACAACCAGUCUAUGUGCAGCCACCGCAGCAACAACUAUCAUCGCAGAGCUACACUUCGUCCUCCAGUAGCAGCAGCAGCAGCAGCAGCAGCACUCACAAUCCCACUACAGUCUCCUCGAUUACCACGCAUGUGGACUCCAUUGAAUCGAUCAUUCUGCAGCUGAGCAACAGCAGCCAUGGUCCCAGCUACAAUGUGGUUAGCCAGCAGACGCCUUCCUAUGGGUAUGCACCGCAGACGGAUCACAGCGAGACAACAGCUGCAGUCACAGCACAACCCGAUGGCUACUAUCAGCAGAGUCAGGAUGAAGAUGUCAAGUCGCCAGAGCAGGAUUAUGCCUACACCACAAGCCCCAACUAUGAGACCAGCUACGACAAGGUGUCCGAUGAGCAGGAUGUUUCCGCCACUGGCAGCCAGUCCGCAGAGUUGCCAACACCGCGUCCCACAUACAGCGAGGAUCAAUCCUCAGUGCUGGAUGAGCACACAAUGCCCGCCACUGGCUACAAUGAUGCAGCGAUCCCUUCGGGCCCACAGACCUCGGAGUUCAACAAAAUGCCCGUCAUGGGCAUCGCUUACCCCGUGGACAUGGCGUACCUAGAGAGUGAGUCGGGUCAGGCUGAGCUCUCUGGCUAUGGUCAGCUGAGCAGCGGUUCCCAGGAGGCCAACACCGAAGUCAGCUAUCAAAAGAUUACAAACACCUACACGGAGCCACCGCAACCUUCGCCUGCCUAUGUGCGACCCUCGACAGCAGCUAAUCGUCCCGUUGCCUCGUAUAUUGGCAUGGUGACAAUGCAGCACUACAACGAUCCGCUGCCCGCCGAAGUGUCCGUUUCGUCGCACACCACCAAAGUGCAAGAGCAAUACGAUGCCAGCUCCGAUGGGUAUCAACAGACGGAGAAGUUGUCCAUUGCCAGUCCAGUACCCACAUCCAGUUACAUUGCCAGCACCACAACUACACAGGCACAGCGUCCUCAAUACGAUACUAUGGAUAGCUCUUCCACACGUCCUGUUCUGAUCACCGCUAGCCCCAAGCCGCGUCCCAAGCCCAGCAGUAAGCGUCCGCCUACAAAGAAGACUCCUCUAGCGCAGCCCAGCAAUAGCUAUAAUCAGCCACAAUUUAGCGAGCAGAACACUAGAAGACCCGCCUAUGACGCAGAGGAAUCUCCUGUGACACACAUACAAAUCAAACAGCCAUUGGGCAACUACAACGCGGAGCAGGUGACACAACCAGCGGACACGGGCUAUCCACAAUCCCAGUCACCAGCUGCCAGCUAUGAUCAGCCAGCGGCAGCUCCUACUGUUAGCUAUGAACAGCCAUCUUCGCCAGCCGCCAGCUACGAUCAGUCGGUGUCUCCAGCUCUUGACUACGCCCAGCCAACUAUCAGCUAUGAUCAACCAGCUCCUGCGCCAGUUCCAGUACCCGCUCCAGCGCCAGCAGCAGAGAAACUCGGCUACAAUGAGCAACCUGUGGCCAGCUCGCCAACACGCAAACCCGUCUCAUCCAAGCCAAUUUCCACCAGCUAUGUCACGGGUCCAACUACACCACGUCCACCUGCUACCGUCGACUAUCACUACGACAAGGUGCCACCACUAUUCAUGGCCGACGACAAACUGGAUGCCUUCAUACAGAGCACAGCUGAGAAUAUCUUAGGAUCUACGCCAGGCAACUAUCAGCCUCCUUUGUAUGCCACCGCCUCAACUCCCAUUCACAUCCAGCAGCCCACGAGCAAUUAUGGUGGCCACAAGAAGCCAGGUUUCGUGCAGAUCACACCUAAACCCACUGCCAUCAAUCUGGUGAGCUCCAAUUCAUGGAUCAAUAACAACGAAAACAACAACAACAAGGUGGCUGCCACCACAAACUCUUACAUCUAUGGCCCAAGUGUGACCCGUCGUCCGGUUAGCACACCGGCUGUGGUGAGCUCCAAUGAUUUUGAAGAUCCGGGCUACUUUGGCAUGCCAAUCACCGGCGCGGGCAGCAGUCCAGUUCACGUGGCCUUUACGCAAUCGACAACCGAAACAUUGUUCGGACUUCCCUCUGAUGAUAAGCCCGCCUUCCCUGGCUACUAUGGUCCUACACCCACAUAUCCGGCAUUCUCGGUGCCCGGCGAAAAGGUGGGCCAACAAGUGAACGAAGAGACCUACACGUCACCCAAUGACUUCGUUAACUUUCCACCGGUGCGCAACCCCAAUCUGAAUAUGUCUGCCGCCUCGAGCGCUGUGACCAGCGAUCUGGAACUGUCCACGCCUGCAUUUGUUGAGGAUGUGGUGCUAAAGGAUAAGAUGCAUACGCUCGUCCACAAAUUGGUUGCCUCGUUGCAGGGCAACUUUGAGGCCUUGGCUGACAUGAUCGACGAGACCAACAAUACCGCAACCACCUAUGCCGCCGGCCCCGUUGGAGGUGCCACUACCAAUGUUAACCGCAAGACCACUCGGAAGCCAGUGCGUGUGGCAACCACAGCAAAGCCCAAGGCCACGACUAAGAAACCUGUGACACGAGUGUCCACCAAGGCGCCCAACAAGAAGACUUCUGCAGUUAGCACGUCUCGCAAACCGGUGACACGUCGAACCACUAUACCGAGCACUACAACGCGUCGACCCAGCUCGAAGAAACCCACCAAACGCAUUGGCAGCACUGUGAAAACCACUGCACGUCCAGCGAAUGAUGAAAUCGUAGACGAGGAGGAUGAAGAGGAUGUUAACCCAAGUCCGCAUGAGAAUGAAAUCGAUCAGGGAUCAACGCUCAGCUCGUACGGUGGUGCCAAUGGACGCAAGAUACAAUGCGGCGUUCGUCCACACGUCAAGUCCGGACGUAUUGUCGGCGGCAAAGGCUCCACGUUCGGCGCCUUUCCCUGGCAGGUUCUCGUCCGUGAGUCCACCUGGUUGGGACUCUUCACCAAGAACAAAUGUGGUGGCGUUUUAAUUACUAGUCGCUACGUCAUCACCGCCGCUCAUUGCCAGCCUGGCUUCUUGGCCUCUUUGGUCGCCGUCAUGGGUGAGUUUGACAUCUCCGGCGAUCUGGAGAGCAAACGUCCCGUCACAAAGAAUGUCAAGCGCGUCAUUGUGCAUCGCCAAUACGAUCCGGCAACGUUCGAGAAUGAUCUGGCGCUGCUUGAAAUGGACAGCCCCGUGCAAUUCGAUACGCACAUAGUGCCAAUUUGCAUGCCCAGUGAUUUGGCUGAUUUCACUGGACGCAUGGCCACGGUCACGGGCUGGGGUCGACUCAAGUAUGGCGGCGGUGUGCCCUCGGUACUUCAAGAGGUUCAGGUGCCAAUUAUCGAGAACAGCGUUUGCCAGGAGAUGUUCCACACCGCUGGGCACAACAAAAAGAUCCUUAACUCCUUCCUGUGCGCCGGCUAUGCCAAUGGGCAGAAGGACUCUUGCGAGGGCGACAGCGGUGGUCCUUUGGUGUUGCAACGUCCUGAUGGUCGUUACGAGUUGGCUGGCACCGUUUCCCAUGGCAUCAAGUGUGCGGCGCCAUACCUCCCGGGCGUCUAUAUGCGUACGACAUUCUACAAGCCUUGGCUGCGCAGCAUAACGGGCGUUAAAUAGGCCACGCCCACUUGGUCAAGGCGCAACAGGCGAACUGUAAAUAGAAGUAGUAGAGUUAGAAACUAGCAGAAAACAAAGUUGAAACAACUUUCAUAUAUUUUGUAAUUCGAACGUCGCAUUCUCGACUCUGACCCCUUCAUGCACAAUCAUCCCCCCUCAAUUCCCCCCACAUACAC